AUGGCCGAUCACACCGAAACGAAACAAAUCGAUGACAAGGAUGUCGAAUUGGCAGUCCUGCACCAAAGUGUUGAUGAUGCCAACCCGCAUAUGCCAGAGAGUCUUCGAGGCUUGACCGACGACGAACGACGGGUCCUUGAGAAGAAGAUCGUCCGAAAGGCCGAUAUGGUCAUCCUUCCCAUCAUCGGUGUUCUUUACAUCUUGAACUACAUCGAUCGACAGAACCUUUCCGCUGCCAAGCUCCAGGGUAUCAUGGACGACCUCAAUAUGACCGCCCAACAAUUCGCUACCUCGAUCUCAAUCUUGUUCGUCGGUUAUCUGCCAUUCCAAAUUCCGAGUAACUUGAUCAUUUCCCACAUCACUCGUCCUGGUGCCUAUAUCUGCAUUGCCGUUACCAUCUGGGGGUCAAUCUCCGCGGCUACAGCUGCUGUGCACUCUUACAACGCUCUUCUUGCCGUGCGAGUCAUCUUGGGGGCAGUGGAAGCUGUCUUCUUCCCAGGUGUCAUCUACCUCCUGUCCGCUUGGUACACUAAGAACGAGCUUGGAAGAAGAAUUGCAGGGUUGUAUAUCGGUCAACAAGUCGGUAACGCUUUUGGUGGUCUUAUUGCGGCCGGAUGUCUCAAACUUGACGGUGCUCACGGUAUCAGAGGAUGGAGAUGGUUGUUCAUCAUUGAGGGAGUUGCCACCGUUGGACUUGGUCUUAUCUUCGGUUUAUUCCUGCCUGAAUACCCUCACAACGCCAAGAUGCUCAAGCCCAUCGAACGAGAUAUGGCGGUGUGGCGACUUGAGCGAGAAGCUGGUGCUGCUGAAGGGAAUGAACAAAUUGGUACCAUGCAAGGUUUCUUCAUUGGUCUGAAAGACCCAAAGAUCUACUGUCUCAUCUUCAUGAACAUGAUGUCUCAAUGUAUGGGCUCGAUUGCCAACUUCUUCCCUACCAUUGUCAAGACCCUCGGAUAUAAUUCGAUCAACACUCUGCUCCUCACCGCGCCACCAUACGUCUUCGCUGGUUUCUUCUACUGUGGCUUGACCUGGUACAGUGACAGGAAAAACACGAUGUAUCUCCCUAUCUUGUUCUGUCUGUCUCUCGCAUCAAUCACAUACAUCAUUUCCUUGGCCACUACCAACACUGCCGCGCGAUACACGGCCAUGAUGUUCAUGCCUUCAGGAAGUGUCGGUCCCCAGCUCCUCCUCUACAAGACCAUCAACCACCACAUGCCCCGGCCCGUAGCCAAGAGGGCCGCUGCUAUUGCCAUGAUGAAUGCGAUUGGCGGUACUUCAAACAUCUGGACGAGUUAUCUCUGGUACAAUGGUCCAAGAUACUUUGCCGCUUUCGGAGCCUUGCUUGCAAGUGGUGUCGUCUUUGCUGCAACCCUCACGGGAUACAAGUUCUACCUUCACCAACAAAACCGAAAACUCGACGAAGGUGGCGAGAGAGCAAAGGAGACUAUGAAAUACGGUGUCACUCAACAAAUGAUCGAUAUGGGAUGGAGAUACGAAGGUUAUUAA